AUGGCGCGUAUGCUGCAAGCGCUGCGUCGACUCUGGGGUUCGAGCCCUCCACCUUCGCCCAAGACUCCGGUUUCCAGUCCCUCUUUACCGUCGCAAUCUGUCGGACCCCGUCGGUUUCCAUCGAUUGAUACCAACUUCACUUAUCUCCGGGAGGGAGACAGAGCCGUGAUCGAUGGGAAAGUGCCUACACUCACCAGACCGCUGCGCAAGGGUGGUCGGACGGAUGGCCGUCGGGGUGGAAGGUUGGAGCACGACGAGAUCAUCGGCCGGAGAGUGCGAGAUCAAAUCCCCUCACAUAAAGGGCCCGAUUACAGACUGUAUCAUCCCACCCUCGAAGAAUACGUCGCGCUGACACCGCGCAUGGUGACACCGAUCUACUCCGCAGACGCCAAUCUAAUCGUCUCCCUCCUCGACAUCCACGUGGCUCCCUCCUCCGAUCCCGAGCAACCUCCCCUCGAGAUCCUCGAGUCUGGCACCGGCCAUGGCUCCUUGACGCUCCAUCUCGCGCGUGCCAUUCAGGGUGCCAACUCCGUCCCUCCUCCAUUCCCAACCACCUCACAAGUCAAGGACCUCGUUCCCUCCCGCUCUCCUUCCUCCGCCUCUGCUACUGCCUCCUCCGCCUCUUCGCCCACACCACCACCAUCCCAAACAACCCCCGAAACGACCCCCACAAUUGAACAACCCCCCACCGACACCAUCACCACCCAAACAACCUGGGACGCCUGGCGCGCCCAACGCAAAGCCGUCAUCCACACCGUCGACAUCACCCACAAAACCGCCCGCCACGCCGAGACCCUCGUGCGGGGCUUCCGGCGCGGCAUCUACGCCGGCAACGUCGACUUCUACUCCGGCCCUGUCGAGACCUGGGUCGCAGCGCAGAAACAGGAACGAAGCCGUAGUAGUGGCCAUUCCACCGCGACGACAUCCGACAUCGAUGGUCAGACAGCAGCAGUGGAUCCCUUCCUCUCGUACGCGAUCCUCGACAUGCCAUCCUCGCACCUGCGCAUUCCACACGUGACCUCCAUUUUGAAGCGCGACGGCCUGCUGGCCGUGUUCACACCCAGCGUGACGCAGAUUGGGGACUGUUUGGAGCUUAUCCGCCGGGAGCGGUUGCCGCUGGUGCAGGAAAAGGUCGUGGAGCUGGGCAAUGGCAUUAGUAGUGGGCGGUUGUGGGAUGUGCGGUUUGCGGUGCGGAAGAACAAGGAUACGCUUGCUGAGAGCGGUAGUGGUGGUUCGUCUGGAUCAGCCUCAGGAGUGGAGGUGGUCGAGGAACAGCAGCGGGAGGAGGAGGCUGUAGAGCCGGUGGAGGAGGUUGCGGAGGUUGCGGAGGAGACGGCCUCUUCUCCUACCUCUGCUCCUAGCUCAGUGGCGGCAGCGGAGGGGGAGGAGGAGGAGGAGGUGGACCGCGUGCUGGUUUGUCGGCCCAAGGUUGGGCCCCGGAUUGUGGGCGGUGGGUUCGUGGGUAUCUGGCGGAGAAUUGAGGAUGCUAAUGUCAAGGACAGAGUGAAUGUGGAUGCGUAGGUUGGGCGAUUGCACACAUAUUAUAAUAUCUUUAGACAUUCGUCCCCGAAGCAUAUGUAUACCCUCCAUGUUUGUAAACUACUAGUGGACUGGAUUUUUGCGGUAAUCACACUUGGG